AUGACACCGCAGCUGGAGUUGCGCAAGAUGAACAGGACGUGCGCCUUCGAUGAGGAGGGCGCGCGUUCGCCUGGGCAGGUGAUGGUGCCUGACGCUGCUGGAAGAGGCACCAGGCUGAUGACCGCCAGGCCGGAUCCCAGGUUUCAGCCCAGCCGCGCCCCGCAGCAUUGGCGCCUCACGCAGCAGAACAGCGAGCUGGAGGGCCGCGAGGCCCGGGCGGCCAUGAUGAAGAUGUACGUCACCGGCAGCUUCGCAUACGUCGCGCCCACGGCGAGGGAGCGGGCCCUCAAGCUGGUGGUGUCCUGGCCCUGGGUACUGCUGCAGCUCUUUGCACUGGCGUUGGACGCGGCCACUUUGGUCAGCCACGUGGCCUCGGCGGGGCUCGAGGCCUUGUGGGCCAGCACGGAGCCCUCGAUGAUCCACGCGCUGAGGAUUGGCUUCUUGUCGCUGGUGUACCUGGCAGACGUACUGCUGCGAGUCUACGGCUUCGGUGCCAAGGUCUUCUUUGCCAAGUGGCCCAACGUGCUGGAUGCCCUGAUCGUCGCCUUUACCGCCUUGCACGCGGUGGCCACGGUCACGGAGUCUGCGGGGGUGACCAGCCCCUUGAGAUAUCUGCGCUUGCUGCGUGCCUUCAGGGUGCUGCGCAUCAUUCGCAUCGCGCUGUUCAUGAGCCACACGCUGCCACGCUGCUGCUCUCGCCUCGCGGCGCGUCACCGGAGAGAACAAGCGGCGCUUCGUGUCGCUGGAGCACGACUUCGACCUGGACUUGGUGUACAUUACGCCGAGGCUGAUCAGCAUGAGCGUGCCAGCAGCCGGCUGUUUGAUGCAGCUCUACCGCAACCCGCUGUCCGAAGUGGUCCGCUUCUUUGA